CCCCGCCCCGCCCUGCAACCAGCGCGAGGCGGGCGGAGAAAGCGCGCCGGCCCGGCAUCAUGCGGCUGGUGAGCUGGAACAUCAAUGGGAUCCGGCGAUCGCCCGAGGCCCUGAGGCGCCUGCUCGACUCUCUGGGGGCCGAUGUGACCUGCCUGCAGGAGACCCGAGUCACUCGGGACCUGCUGGAAGAGCCCCUGGCCAUUGUGGAAGGAUACAAUUCCUACUUUAGCUUCAGCCGAGGUCGCAGUGGCUACUCAGGUGUGGCCACCUUCUGUAAAAAUAAUGCCACUCCAAGUGCAGCAGAAGAAGGCCUGACCAGCCUGCUGACCAAUCACCAGGGUGCUGUGGGCUCCUACGGGAACACGGAGGAGUUCACUGAAGAUGAGUUGCGGGCUCUGGACAGCGAAGGCCGGGCAGUCCUCACUCAGCACCAGAUACGCACUUCAGAUGGUCAUGAAAAGACCUUGACGAUAAUGAACGUCUACUGCCCCCAUGCAGACCCUGACAAGCCAGAACGGUUGACCUACAAGCUGCGUUUCUACCGACUCCUGCAACUUCGAGCUGAAGCCCUCCUGCGGGCAGGCAGCCAUGUGAUCAUUCUGGGUGAUGUGAACACAUCUCACCGGCCUCUGGACCAUUGUGACCCUGCUGAUCUGGCAUGCUUUGAAGAGAACCCCGGGCGCCAGUGGCUCACAGAGUUCCUGUGGCAGCCUGACAGGGACAGCGGGCUGUUUGUUGACAGUUUCCGCCACUUCCACCCAACCAAAGCCGGUGCCUUCACCUGCUGGUCGACUGCUACAGGAGCCCGCCUCACCAACUACGGCACCCGGCUCGACUAUAUCCUUGGUGACAGAGCCCUGGUGCUCGGGGAGUUUGAGGACUCCUUCCUCAUGCCUGACGUGGAAGGCUCCGACCACUGCCCCGUGGGGGCCACCCUGAGGGCUGAGCUCAUCCCCGCAGCCCGAUGUCCCCCACUGUGUACCCGCUACCUGCCCGAGUUUGCUGGGCGGCAGCAGAAACUCUCACGCUUCCUGGUCAAACUAGACACAGACCCUCAGGAGCCCACCUCAGCCCAGUCCCGAGAAGAAAAGAACAGCGGGGUGCUGCCCAAGAACCGGGCCAAGGGAGCCUGUGGGGACCCAGUCCGAGGCCAGCAGAGCCUCCUUAGGUUUUUCCAGGCAGGCCGUCCCCCUGAAAAGCCCCCCGUCACCAAAGCCCAGGAGCCUGAGACUGAGCCAGCCAGCCAGGACCCCAGGGCAGAGGCACUGCUACCCCCUGAGCCAGGCAAGGGCCGGGCAGCAUUUUGGAAGGCUGUUCUGAAAGGCCCCCCUCGUCCUCCCCUGUGCAAGGGCCACGGGGAGCCCUGUGUGCUGCGCACAGUGAGGAAAGCCGGGCCCAACUUCGGCCGGCACUUCUAUGUCUGUUCACGGCCUAUAGGCCACACGAGCAACCCUGCUGCUCGCUGUGACUUCUUUCUCUGGGUCCCUGGGAAGACCCCAGCUGCUCAUUAAGGGCCUGCCUGCUGCCGGGCUGCUCCUCUUUCCUGCUCCCUUGGGGGGGUGGGGGUGCUCUUAGGCUAUGGAGGUUGUUGUCUUGCAGUGGCUAUUUGCAAAGGCCCAAGUAGAUGCCCCAGAGCAGGUACUAAUGGGACUAAAAGAGGCUCAGGGAAAAGAAUGAAGCUGCUGCUAACCUGUGGAGUGUGUUUAACUUUUUGAAAAAGAUCCCAUUCAAUUUCACAUUAAUAAA